CCCAACGACAAAAGUGCCCAGUGAGCGAGCAGUAACAGUCAGUACGUUCUCUCCUCCCCGUUCGUCUGUUCGUCCGUCCGGUCUCCGUGUAUAUAUGUAUAUAUAAUCAUCCUUUUCAUAUAGAAAACUCUUCGUCCAGUCGAAAAGCCAGCAAAUUAAUUAACUAUGUCAAUGUCACGACAAAUUCUCCGGUGAUUACUAAAGAGGAUCGAUGAGAAUAGAGCGGAAUUCGUCGACUAAUCUGCGUAAGUAAUCAGGUGUUCUGAUAUGGAUUGCUGGUCCUCUCCUCCCAUGUUUAAUGAUGAAUUCGAGAAGCUUGUUCUUCGCGUUAAUGCGCCGAGGGUUACUGUUGAUAAUGUCUCAGACAGCAAAUCCACUUUAAUUAAGGUUGAUAGUGCAAAUAAGAGAGGGAGUUUGCUAGAUGUUGUUCAAGUUUUGACUGAUUUAAACCUGUUGAUUAGAAGAGCAUACAUAUCUUCAGAUGGGGGGUGGUUUAUGGAUGUUUUUCAUGUUACUGAUCAACAUGGAAACAAGCUCCCUGAAGAUGGUAUGGCUGAACGAAUUCAGCAGUCUCUAGGACCAAGGGGAAGGAGCUGCAGAUCGAUGAAAAGGUCUGUCGGUGUCCAAUCUUCCAUGGACCACACGACGAUUGAAUUAACAGGCAAAGACCGUCCAGGAUUGCUAUCAGAUAUCUUCGCUGUUCUUACAGACCACAAGUGCAAUGUGGUAGCAGCCGAAGUCUGGACCCACAAUUCAAGGAUGGCAUCAGUUGUUUACAUAGCCGACGAAUCAAAUGGAUUGCCUAUCGACGAUCAUGAUCGAGUCACCAACAUAAGGCAGCUUCUCCUUUCGGUCCUGAAAGGCGAUAGAGAUAUAAGAGGAGGUGCAAACACAUCUGUUGUCUCUAUGGGAUCAACUCACACGGGAAGAAGGCUGCACCAAAUGAUGUAUGCUGAUCGUGAUUACCACACCGAUGAUAUGGGAAUUAACAACAGCUCCAUCGGCAGUGAUCAAAGGAAACCUGUUAUAACUGUAGAGAAUUGUUUGGAAAAGGAUUAUACGGUUGUGAAUUUGAGAUGUGGGGAUCGGCCUAAGCUACUUUUUGACACUGUCUGCACAUUGACUGAUAUGCAAUAUGUGGUGUUUCAUGGCAUGGUGAUUACUGAAGGGGCGGAAGCUUAUCAGGAAUACUAUAUCAGGCACAUUGAUGGGUACCCAAUUCGAUCGGAAGCAGAAAGGCAACGGGUCAUGGACUGUUUGGAGGCAGCUAUAAAGAGACGAACAUCCGAGGGAAUUAGACUAGAAUUAUGCAGUGAAGACCGAGUGGGGCUUCUAACAGAUGUAACACGAAUAUUCAGGGAGAACGGGCUCUCAGUCAUUAGGGCUGAGGUCACAACCCGAAGCUCUCAAGCAGUGAACGUUUUCUACGUGACUGAUGCGUCGGGGCGUCCGGUUAAGAGUGAAACUGUAGAGACAGUUCGAAAGGCGAUCGGGCUUACUGUUCUAAAGGUGAAGAAUGAUGAGGUAUUUGUAGAACAACAAUUGCCACCAAAGGAAAGUGCCAAAUUCUCACUUGGGUCUCUUUUUAGAUCAAGAUCAGAGAAAUUUCUUUACAAUCUUGGGUUCAUAAAGUCUUAUUCAUAAGAUCAAAGUAACACCUUUGAUUGAAAAGGAUAAAGUAAAAAAAUUAUAGCAGUUUGGUUUUGAAAAGGAUAAGGUUCUAUAGACUAAUUAAUAAUAGUAAUAAUAUAGAAUGUGGUUUAAGUGAAUACCUAAGUGUUCAUCUUGGCUGUAUUCUUCCAUUUCUUUCAAAUGCAACUUUGUAAAUAUUUUACUUCUAUCUCAUUCUAUUAUUUUUUAUUACUUGGA